AAAGCUACUUCUUUUUCAAUGGCGUGCGGGGCCCGAUUGGGAGCAAUAGGUGCAAUCGGCCUAGGGCCGGCCCUGGUAUUGGGUGCCCCCCUGGGAGUUGGUGCCCUACGCAGACUGCGUAGUCUGGGUAUAGGGAGCGGCGGUACUGCGGUGCGCAACAGGCAGACAUGAGCCAUGGCGCUCAGCUGGGCAGGUUCAUGUUGCUGGGGUACAGACUUACGUGAGAGAGAAUGGUUGGUAGCCUUACUAUAUGUACCCGGGGUGCCCACCCUGUGCUCUGCGACCUCCUGUCCCCAUAACAACAGUCACAUCUGGAAGCUGGCAUUCAGCGGCAGCAGCUGGACAUUGCUGCUAACUGGAAGAUGCAGAGAAUUUGUUCCACUGCUGUUUAAGUCAGCCCCAGGCUUCUGGUGGCACUUAUUGGAAUGGAGUGCUAACUAAAACAGCUAAAAAUCCACACAGCAAUGAACAGUGAAGCAGAUGAGCAACUUUUACAUGAUGCUAGAAAUGGGAACCUUGAAGAAGUUCGGGAACUAUUGGAAAGCAACAGGAAAGGACAAACUGUGGUUAAUAUUGAUUGCAAAGGUAAAAGUAAAUCAAAUUUGGGAUGGACACCCCUUCAUCUGACAUGCUAUUUUGGACAUGGACAAGUGGUUAAAGACUUGCUGAUGGCUGGAGCUGCUGUCAAUGUUCAGAAUGAUAUGGGAGAUACACCUCUGCAUCGUGCUGCAUUUACUGGUCGUAAGGACAUUGUCAUGCUGCUGCUGGAGUACGGUGCUGACACUACUGUAAUUAAUGGAGAGGGGCAAACUGCUAAAGAUAUGACCCACGACAAGGAGAUCAAGACCAUGUUAGAAGCUGCACAACGGACACAAGAAAUAAAGCUUGAAGAAAUGCUUUUGGCAGCUGCACGUGAAGGAAAUAUUUUAAGACUGUCAGAGUUGCUCAACAAACCCAAGCCACCUAAUAUCAACUGUACUGACCAAAUGGGAAAUACCCCACUGCACUGUGCUGCAUAUCGUGGUCUUAAGCAUUGUGCUUUAAAACUUCUAAAAUGUGGAGCUGAUGUAAAUGCAAGGAACAAAACAAAUCAAAGACCCAUAGAUCUUGCACAGCAACUGGAAAUCAAGCAGGUUCUUCAAUCCAGAGUUGUCAAGCAUGUGCUAAGAAACCUCCAGCGAUUUGAUGGAGCACUAUGUAAGAGCUCACGAUUCUUUGGGUGGAGGGUCUUUUGGGUAGUAUUGGAGCAUGGAGUUAUUUCUUGGUAUCAAAAACAAGCUGAUGCCAUAAAUAAUACUUAUCGCCAAGGUUGCAAGCAUUUAACUCAAGCUGUCUGCACAUUAAAAUCCACAGACAGAUACUCUUUCUCUGUUAAAUGUUUUGAUGACAGCAUCCAUUACUUUAAAAUCUUGCCUAAAAAUCUGAAGCAUACAAGGGAGUAUGAUGCACAGCAGCAAAGCAGUUUCACCACUAAGCAUUGUGACUGGUUGACUGCAAUUGAAGAACAUUCUGCAUACAGCACUCACUAUUGCUCCCAAGAUCAGUUGAGUGAUGAUGAAGAUGAGGAGUUAGUACUUGUGGGAGAUUUAAAGCAAUCCCUUGAGAAUGCACAGACAUCUCUGCAGAGAUUGAACAAAGAAGUGUCCCAGUUCGCUGGUGGUCUCACAAAAUGGGAGGGUGCAAAAGAUAUUGAUCCAAUUAUUCUUCAACAACUGACAGAAGUUUCUGAGGCGUCACAGGAUACCUACAAAGCCUUGAACAAUUGCCUUCUUCUGUUCACAAAGCAAGAAGCGGUAAGGAACUUAAAACUAGAACACGAGCAAGAGAAAAAUAAGAUCUUAUCCGAGGCCUUGCAAACAUUGGCUACAGAGCACCACGAGUUGGAAAAGUCACUGGUUAAAGGAACUCCUCCCCUUCAUACAAUUCUUAGUGAGGAUGAGUUCUAUGACGCUGUUUCAGAUUCCGACUCUGAUCAUUCCUUAAGCGGAUUUGAAACUGUUACAAGUUCAUCUCCAGACGGGAGUUUAAAUUUGAGCUACAAUCAGCAAGUCAGCAUGUCUGAAGAAAAGAAACAUGGGGGAGGAGGAGGUGGCUCCACAUCUAAUGGCAUUAAAAAGCACAGAACAAGCUUGCCCUCCCCAAUGUUUUCCCGAAAUGAUUUCAGUAUUUGGAGUAUUUUAAGAAAAUGCAUUGGAAUGGAAUUGUCGAAAAUCACAAUGCCUGUUAUUUUUAAUGAGCCACUAAGCUUUCUACAACGCCUCUCUGAAUAUAUGGAACAUACGUAUCUCAUCCACAAGGCAAACCAGUGCUCUGAUACAGUGGAGCGAAUGCAGUGCGUAGCUGCUUUUGCAGUGUCAGCGGUUGCUUCACAGUGGGAGCGAACUGGCAAACCAUUCAAUCCACUUCUUGGCGAAACAUAUGAAUUAGUUCGGGAGGAUCUUGGAUUCAGAUUAAUAUCAGAACAAGUUAGCCACCACCCUCCUGUCAGUGCGUUCCAUGCAGAGGGAAUAAACAAUGACUUUGUGUUUCACGGGUCCAUUUACCCUAAACUCAAGUUCUGGGGUAAGAGUGUGGAAGCUGAACCAAAAGGAAUUAUUACUCUGGAGCUUCUCAAACAUAAGGAAGCCUACACAUGGACAAAUCCUACUUGCUGUGUACAUAAUAUAAUAGUGGGCAAACUCUGGAUAGAGCAGUAUGGCAAUAUGGAGAUAACCAAUCACAAAACUGGGGAAAAGUGCAUUUUAAACUUUAAGCCAUCAAGGCUUUUCGAUAAAGAACUGCACAAAGUGGAAGGAUACAUUCAAGAUAAAAGCAAAAAGAAGCUGUGUUCCCUGUAUGGGAAGUGGACAGAAUGCUUGUAUACCACAGAUCCAGCUACAUUUGAUGCAUUUAAAAAGAAUGACAAGAAAGAGGUAGAAGAAAAACAGGUAAAGGUAAAACAGGCUGGAAAUGCAGAGGAACCUGAUGAAAUGCCAUUACCUGAUUCAGAAAGUGUACAGGUUAUUCCAGGGAGCACACAGUUGUGGAGAAUAGCACCUAGACCUCCUAAUUCUGCACAGAUGUACAAUUUUACCAACUUUGCACUAGCCUUAAACGAGUUUGAUAAGGAUAUGGAAGGUACAAUUCCUAAAACAGACUGUCGACUACGUCCAGAUAUAAGAGCUAUGGAAAAUGGAGAAAUUGACUCAGCCAGUGAGGAAAAGAAAAGAUUAGAAGAGAAGCAAAGAGCUGCACGGAAGAGUCGUUCCAAAACUGAUGAGGAAUGGAAAACCAGAUGGUUCCGACAAGGUCCCAACCCCUACAAUGGUUCACAGGAUUGGCUUUACUCUGGAAACUACUGGGACAGAAACUACUCCAACCUGCCAGAUAUUUAUUGAAACUGGCUCAUAUGAGUGACAGACAUAUUUCCAACUGUAUCCAAUGUAGAUUUGUGUGUUUGACUCUUCAAGAAAUAAAAACAAAAUGCACCUUUUAUAGCACUCUAAUGCUAGCACUUAAUUUAAGCAUUCCAACUGGAUUAGUGGACAUUUUUGUAAGAAAGAGACAGCCAAGCAAUAUUUCAGGGAGCAGUGUUCAACAUUAAAGUCACGGUGGGAGUUUAAGCUUGAACUUGCUGGCAGCUAUCUAUUUAAAGCAGUUAUCUGAAAUUGUAUGAUCGAGAGAAGGGGCUCCACCCUUUGAAAUAUUGGGUGCUUUUCUCUCUGGUUAUACUGAAGGCUUGAUAUACUAAGCACAAAUAAGCACUGAAUGUAUUAGACUUAAUAUGCAGGAUGUGGGUUUGUUUCAUUGUUACUCAUUAUCCAGUUGCUUUCAGUAGUCCUAUGGCUGCUUAUGGUAUAACUGGCAUGAGGGGCAGCACUUUCUUUGCAUUCUUUAUGAAGAUCAUUGCUUAUGAAAGAAAGGAAGCAGAAUCCAUUGUUUUAUCAGGUCAGCCUUGUUUUUAAUCCUUUAAUUAUGGGGUUUACAUUUCUAUUUUGUCUUAGAAUUCUAUUUAUCAUAUCAAAGUGUAUUUCUAGAGAUAAAAUCUUCUAUAUAUUAUAUUAAACAGUAGAUGUUAUUAAUAUGUAGGACAAAGUUGGCAAAACUUGCUGACAGAAACACAUAUUCCGAAAGAUAUGUACUCUGUGUUGUCACUUUCCAUGUAGUAGCUAAUAAUCUAAUAUGUGGUGCUCACGUGUAAUAAGAUAAAGCUGUUGGAUUGGAAUCCUCUGCUUAAAUCUAUAUCACAAGAAUUCAUUAUUUAAGGACCACAGAGAAGCCAUAUAGUGACAACAAACUAUGUGCAGCGCUGCAGGGAUACCAUACUAACUCCCCUCCCUGUGGGAUGUUCCGCUUGUAGCAAAACUCAAUGACGGUGCAGCAGCAUAGACUGUGAGCAUCCGACUCCUGCACAUCUCUCUGCCAGGCACACACAGUAUCUUGUAACGGAUAUACAUAUGCACUUGUGUAUAUUCUUGUAUCCCUCUUACUCGAGGUGCCUGUUUUGGAAGAAUUUGUAGAGUCCAUUGGCACAAAGCACUGUGGGAAGAGCAGUAGAAUUAGGAACUCUAAUAAUUGUUUAGCAUAUAAUAAAUAAAAUAACCUUAAUUUAUCAAGUGCUGCGAAAUAAAAGCAUUUAAAAGCGCUGAAAA